AUGAAGGGCUCCAUUGCCGUUGCAUCUCUGGCCGUUGGUGCCAAUGCUCUCGUGACCCGCAGCAAUGACUGCUGCUUCCACAUCACUACCUCGGGUGGUGCCUCGGGCCAGCUGGGCCAGCUGAGUGAUGGUCAGAUUCGAGUCAACGACUGGACCCUCUCACCCUCUCAGUUCUGCUUGUCCAAUGGGGUCAUUACCGACAGCGAGGGCCGUGCUUGUGUCGUCACUGGUGAAACCACCCAAUUCCAGUGCGAUGCGGGCAGUGCCGGUACUCCAGGCUUCUCCGUCACUUCCUCGGGUCACCUCGAGUUCAACGGUGACUCGGACUUUGUUGCUUGUGCCACCGGCCUGAAUGGUGGAAGCAACAUCUACACCACCGAGAGUGACUCUGUCACGCAGUGUGUCGAUGUUCAGCUCAUGGCCGACUCCAACUGCGCCGCCCCAGCUCCUUCAUCCGUGGCCCCCGUUGCCUCAUCGACCCCCUGCCCCCCGUGGUCCAUGUCUGCAACCUCUUCCACGGCCAUGAGCUCCUCUUCCUCCUCCACCAUGCCAUGGGGUUCGUCUCCCGUCCAGAGCUCCUCAACUCCCGCCUGGUCUUCAUGGUCCAUGAGCACCGUUCCGGUGCCCCAGCCCAGCACCAGCGUUGCCUCGACCCCCGCUUGGACCCCCUCUCCUAUCUCCAGCACUCCCCUCGUGAGCUCCUCUGCCUCCGUUCCCGUCAGCUCGGGUGCCAGUGAGACUGCUUCCACUCCCGCUUCGACCUCAUCUGGCAGCCCUGCGGCUGUCACCUCUGCGCCUCCCAACGCGGCCGCCCGUCCCGCGGCUGGGUACCUCGGUGCCAUGAUGGCUGCACUGUCCAUGGCUGUGCUUUGCUUUGCCUAG